GCCUUCCCGAUUCAUUGUCGCCAUGGCGCAGGCGCAGGCGGAGGGGCAGCGCGGAGUUGAGGGAGAGCAAAGCUUGUGAAAUUCAAUUUUUACAACAAGGACGACGGAGAAAGUUCCAGUCUAACAGGAUAAUUUCGUUUUAGGUGGUUUCAAGUCCAGUCCGGCUUCUGGGUUAACUAAACGGAUUGAAGAUGAUGUCUGAUGCCAGUGAUAUGUUGGCAGCUGCUUUGGAGCAAAUGGAUGGCAUCAUAGCAGGCUCCAAAUCACUUGACUAUUCCAAUGGGAUCUUUGACUGCCAGUCUCCAACCUCACCGUUCAUGGGAAGCCUGCGGGCGCUGCACCUAAUCGAGGAUCUGAGGGGGGUUUUGGAGCUCAUGGACACAGAGGAGAGAGAGGGACUGCGCUGCCAGAUACCCGACUCGACAGCACACAGUCUGGUGGAGUGGCUACAGGGACAACUAUCAAAUGGGCACAUUUCAGUGACUGGUGAUAUUUACCAAGACAGACUAAAUCGCCUUGAAAGUGACAAGGAAUCCCUUGUGCUUCAGGUGAGUGUCUUGACAGACCAAGUGGAAGUUCAAGGAGAAAAGAUAAGAGACCUAGACUUGUGCCUUGAGGAACACCGUGAAAAACUGAAUUCCACUGAGGAAAUGCUACAACAGGAGCUUAUCUGUAGGUCAGCACUUGAGACCCAGAAGCUGGAGCUGAUGGCUGAGAUAUCCAAUUUAAAGCUAAAGCUGACUGCCAUGGAGAAGGAGAGAAUAGACUUUGAUGAAAGAUUCAGAGAUAGUGAGGGUUUGAUCCUAGAGAUUAAUGAGCUGAGGUAUCGCAUUUCUGAGAUGGAGAGCGAACGGUUGCAGUAUGAGAAGAAGCUGAAGUCUACCAAGUCGCUAAUGGCAAGACUGUCUAGCCUGAAAAUCAAAAUGGGCCAGAUGGAGUAUGAAAAACAGAGGAAGGAACACAAAAUCCAGGCACUCGAGGAGGAGCUGGCUAUUUUAAGAAGGCAGCUGGAUGGUAAAGAUGGAGAACUAAGGAGGCUACAGGAUGAGACAGGGUCCAGAUCGUCCACACCUGCAGGCUUAGAAACCACUGAGAGAGAGGAUACUUUUAAGCAGAGGCUCAAAGAGAAACAUUUGGAAGUGCAAAGAAUGAAGAAAGCGGUUGAGUCACUUAUGGCAGCCAAUGAAGAGAAGGAUCGCAAGAUUGAAGAGCUUCGACAGUCACUUACACGUUACAAGAAGGUGCAAGACAUGGUCAUGUCCGUGCAGGGGAGAAAAGAUAAACUGAAAGAAGAAGAAAGUGAUGAGAGCCACAGUGACAGCUCUCUCUCCAUGUCAACGGCAAUGUCGGUUUCCAUGGAUGCUGAAAAGUCCGUCCUGUCAUGUGCUGAGGAAGUGAAGAGUCAAGAUGAGCCGACGACAUUUAUCAGCACGCUGCAUGUGUCUUCACUCACAUCCACGCAACAACCCAAACUAGAGACUGAUGUGAACCUGGAGCCAGUGCAGUCACAGAGUGAUGCAGUGCAUCAGGAGCCAAGCCAGUCGCAGGAGCCCGAGAUAAAUACCAGUCUGGAAAGUGUGGAGGUCCCCAAAUCUAGCAGCCUGACUAAACUGGAUGGCAGCACUAGUGAAAAGAGGCCUUUGGCAGUUGGAAAGAGUCCAGCAGAGAGUCGUGCUUUUGAUGAAUUCAACAAGAUUACAACUUUACCGCCGAAGUCCACUAGCAGCUCCCGUGCUGUUGAAGAUGACGCUUUUGGCACAAAGAAGGCGAGAUCUUCUUUUGGACGAGGUUUCUUUAAGCUCAGAGGAGGCAAGAGAACAGCCAGUGCUCCAAAUCUUGCUGAGACAGAGCGCGACGGCAUGGACCAUCUGGAUCUUGCAGGGAUGCCGCAGAAGUCAAGCAACAGUGAUAGCACACACACUCUCUCCAGCUGCCUAGAGGGCAAGAAGAAGUCUAAGGGAAUCAAAGCAUUCAUAGGAAAGCUUACAAGAAGUCAGUCAACCACAUUCACCUUGGAUGACAACCUAUCAGAGAACGAGUUUAAGCGGGGAGGAGUCCGAGCCACCGCCGGUCCCAGGCUGGGAUGGUCACGUGACCUGCACAACACUAACAGUGAGGUGGAUGCUCCAUUUGCGCGAUGGUCUCGGGAGCAGGUGUGUGACUGGAUGCAGGAGCAGGGACUGGGUCUGUACGUGAACCUGGCCAGACAGUGGAUUUCCUCAGGACAGACUCUCCUGCAGGCUUCUCCACAGAACUUAGAAAAGGAGCUGGGUAUCAAGCAUCCUCUCCACAGGAAGAAACUGCAACUGGCUCUGCAAGCACUGGGCUCUGAAGAGGAUGACAACAAGGGCAAACUCGACUACCAGUGGGUGACAAGGUGGCUUGAUGAUAUUGGACUUCCUCAGUACAAAACUCAGUUUGAUGAGGCAAGAGUGGAUGGGCGAAUGCUUCACUACAUGACCGUGGAUGACCUGCUGUCUCUGAAAGUGGGCAGUGUCCUGCAUCACCUCAGCAUUAAGCGAGCAAUCCAAGUGCUCCGCCUCAACAAUUACGAGCCCAACUGUCUGCGCCGCAGACCCUCAGAUGAGAACAAUAUCACUCCGGCUGAAAUCUCUCAGUGGACCAAUCACCGUGUGAUGGAGUGGCUGCGUUCUGUAGAUCUGGCAGAAUACGCACCCAAUCUGAGGGGCAGUGGAGUCCACGGAGGACUGAUGGUUCUAGAGCCUCGCUUUAAUGUGGAGACAAUGGCGCUGCUUCUGAACAUUCCUCCCAACAAGACCUUGCUCCGAAGGCACCUGGCUACUCAUUUUAACCUGCUGGUGGGCUCGGAGGCCCAGCAGACCAAGCAGGAGUGUAUGGAGAAUCCUGACUACACUUUACUCACUGCAACUGCUAAGGUCAAGCCAAGAAAACUGCCAUUCGGGACCUUUGGGACGUUGAAGAAGAAGAGACAGGAGGAUAGCGAGGAGUAUGUGUGUCCCAUGGACGUGGAGAUGCCAAAAGGACACAGUUUCCAGAAGGGCUUCAGAGGCAUGGAGCUGCACAUUUACGAGGAUGACCUGGACCGACUAGAACAGAUGGAGGACUCAGAGGGAACUGUGCGACAAAUUGGGGCUUUCUCAGAGGGCAUCAACAAUUUGACGAGUAUGCUGAAAGAUGACGAGUUCUUUAAGGAGAUUGUAACAUCGUCCCCCAACCCCAGCGUGACUGAUGAUGACUCCAAUGUUUGAGGACGUUUUUUUGGGCACAACUGCCCAUAGUGGUGCUGCUGUGAUCAGAACUGACUGUGCCAACCUCUCUGCACAUCUCUCUCUCUCUGUCUGUCAGUGCUAGCUAUAUCUUAUGAGUGUAUUCACCUUCUGUAAACACCUAUAAAAGAACCGCAAUACAGUAUUUGCCACAGUACAGUGCAGAAUAGGUGUCAUUCUUUAAGCUAAAAUAUGGGUCAAGGUUGUGAAUCUGUCUCCCUGGAGCAGAUGUAAGAUUUAUUGAAUAGUCAGUCUUGUCUUUGCUUGAGAUUGUAUGAUUACAAUGUUGGGCUUCAGUGACAUAUUUUUACAGAGAGUUUUUAAGGGAAAAAAAUGGCAGCCCUACUGUAGUUUGCCUCCCAACUGGGGACUGGAGAUUUUAUGCACAGUUUUUUCUACUGGCCUUCCACUCCCAUCUGUUGUGUCCAUUAUGGCAAACGGAGCACAAUGACACUUUUAGCCUCUGAAUAAUAGAAUUUAUUUUAGGAAAUGAGAUUAAAAUAAGCACAGUUUAAAAGAAAAAAAAAAAACAGUCCUUUUAAACACUCCUAGUAAGUAUUGCCAAAUUCCACAAUGACCAUGUGAUGUCUGUCAUAUUUACAUUUUUCUUGAAAUUUUCUCACAGUAUUUCAUAAAUUUAUACAAGGUCCAUUUGACCCUGAAUUCUGCAUAUGCUUAUUGAUGUCUGUGUUUGCAUGCAAUAUCUUUAACACUAUGAAAACUCAGUACAUGCCAUGUGAAGGAAUAGCGUCCCACCGAGGUUGUUUUCCUACCCAUUGUUCCCAGUGUUCCUGGGACACACACCGUAUCCACCAUGACCUUAUCCAGGAUAAAGACAUUACUGAAGAUGAAAUGUAUUGAAAACUCAGUACAGUGUAUUGGAUGCCCUAUUUGUACAGUUGCAUGUUAUUUAAGCUUUUCUCAUUUUUUAAUAUUGUGCAUCAGUUAACAUAUCAAAAUUUUCUUAUUAUUCAUCAAAGCAAUGUUUUUUUGGCAGCCAUACUUGUGUGUUCUUUUAUUAUGCUCAUUUGUAAAAGGUCAAUAAAUUAAAGUGUAGCACAGUCUCAUU